GGCAGCUUCUCGUUAGCUAGACAGCCUCCUUGGAAGGCCAAGAACUGCUAUCACAGAACCUUGCAAACACCUCGACGACGGAAGCGCAUUGUUCCAACCUUCAUUUUGAAUCCAGUGCAUUACAAUGUCGAGCGCUAGGGGCCAAUACAACCGCGCCUCUCUCGAGGACGACGAUCUGAUUGAUCCGGAUGAUGCGGAUCUUAACGACUUCGAUGACCCUCUCGCUCCUCAAUCGGCUCGGCAACCUUUGACAAACACCAUUGCCUCCGGUGCGUCGGCGUCGGGAGCGUUAGACGAAGGCUAUCUUACGUCUCGCAUUCCUGGAGAUGAUCGAAGGGCGCCCCAGAACACCAUUGAUGAAAGCGUAUGGGAUACUCUACGCCGCGACCUCUUGGCGGUGUGGGCCAAAUUGAAGGAAGUCCUGUACCCACGAUAUCUUCUCGGCGGCACCAUGUUCGAUUCUGAAGGCGGUCUUCGCGGUGCAUAUUCCAAUAUCCGCGGUGCCGGCUUGACGGGCACGAGGGAGGAGCUCACUGGUCUUGCCAGCAGAGUCAUAGAUGCCGAAGCUCUGCUGCAGAGCAAUAUGAGCCCCGGACUGCGAGACUGGGACCUAUGGGGGCCUCUGAUUUUCUGCCUACUGCUCAGCUUGUUGCUCAGCUUCACAGCGCGAGCUGAUCAGAAAGAUGCUGUCUUCAGCGGUGUCUUUGCUACCAUAUGGCUUGGUGAAGCAAUUGUGACCCUUCAAAUCAAGCUUUUGGGUGGCAACAUCUCCUUUGCUCAGAGCAUCUGCAUUAUUGGCUACACGUUGUUUCCGCUAGUCAUUGCCGCUCUCCUGUCGGCUCUCAAGCUCCACUGGAUCGCGCGGAUACCGGUGUAUCUUUGUCUCAUCGCGUGGUCCCUUGCUGCUGGCGUCAGCAUUUUGGGUGGUAGCGGAGUGGUCAAGAAUCGUGUGGCCAUUGCUGUUUACCCUCUCCUUGUGUUUUACCUAGGCUUAGGAUGCCUCUGCUUUAUUAGCUAAGGGUGGCGCGUUGGCUUUGGGCGAUGCCCAAUUAUCCUUCAGUAAUGCAAGGGUUAUGUGUAAUGAAAAACGAUUGUCUCAAGGGUAGAGCGAUCCCUAUGUCAGUAGAUGCACGCAUAGCGGCGCGUCUCUUGAUAUGUUUUCAAAGCUUUCAAGACCAUAUUCUAAAUCAAUCAGACGCGUACGUUCAAUUACGUUGUGUUCAAUUAUGUUGAUACUCGAUUGGAGCCCCUCUUACACGACUUAUACGGAUAUCCUCAAACAGCUGCCAUUUUACCUGGCCAGUAGAGACGUGAU